AUGGAGCGAUACGUAGCUCUGCGUCAAGACGAAGAGUCAAACGCCCAAGAACAACUCACUCCACCGCCAAUCCCUGAGACGGGACCAUAUAUGGCGAACUUUGGGUUUGUUCAUCCAUCUAUGGUGGGAAUGCCACCUUUUGACGAUCUUUCAAAUCUCCCGACCUUACAAGAGCGACUAUGCUGUGCUGAUGGGACUCUCCACGAGUCGGAAAUGAACAUGCCCGAAUCAAUUGGCUCUGCCAGCUUCGUCCGUCCAUUUGAUGACCUAGAGAGUGCUUUAGAUCCUUCAUUUCACUUUCCAGAGACAUCUUUGCUGCAUGACUCUGGCAUUGAUGGGUUGGAUGCAGCAAGCCAAGACAUAAUGACUAUGCCCAGCGAGCCAUUGUCGUCUUUCUUCAACGACUUUGAUUUACAGAACCACCAUUCUCAUCAAGUUCCUGUUGCAAAUACUGAAGGAUUGCAGACACUCAAUCCUCUGGAUCGUUGGAGAAACUCGCCGCCAGAGACAGAAGCCGCGCAUCUGACGGAUAUCAUGAACUCCUUGGCCCGAUCAAAUAGCAAUUCAUCAUCUAAGUCACGCCCUGGCUCUCGAAUGUCAGGCACAUCGUAUCGUCGAGGUCAAAAAUGGCCCAGAAAUUCUCCAUCUGUCACGGCAUCAGAGUCCACCAGGUCAACUGCCUCCAGUAGCUCUGCAUCCUCUGCUCACAGCUUUAGCUCCGAUCAAUCUGGCUCAUUUGGUCGAUUUUAUGUGGGAGAACCGACACGUCGUCGUCGGCGACGUAACCGAAAGGCUUCGCCCGUGCCGAACAACCACCCCGGGCAAAAAGCCCAGUGGCGGCCUUAUCAGUGUACAUUCUGUACUGAUACCUUCAAAUCCAAAUACGACUGGACACGCCAUGAGAAGACUCUUCAUUUGUCAUUGGAAAGCUGGGCUUGCGCACCAUUUGGAUCGACCUACGAGGACGAAUCAACCGGCACGUUACGUUGCGCAUUUUGCGAUGUCGACAACCCGUCGGAGAGUCAUAUCCAGGAACAUAAUUUUUGGGGAUGCCAAGACAAACCGUCUGCAUUGCGAACCUUCUAUCGAAAAGACCAUCUUCGCCAGCACUUACGCCUCGUACAUGGGAUAGACAACGCAAAAUCAAGCAUAGCGUCGUGGAAAUCGGAGGUCAAAGAUAUUAAUUCCCGAUGUGGAUUCUGCGCAACGACCUUUACUCGAUGGUCCGAUCGGAAUGAUCAUAUUGCCGGACACUACAAGGAAGGAACUACCAUGAAGGACUGGAAAGGUUGCCGAGGCUUUAUUCCGGCUGUGGCCCUGGCCGUUGACAACGCCAUGCCACCGUAUCUGAUUGGGAGUGAAUCGACCGGCAUCGAUCCGUUCAGCGCGUCCCGUCGAGGACAGGCACCCACACCCACAGAGGGCAAAGCCUCAUAUCAAGAGCUAGAACCAGCAAUCAUCCAACCCACUCCAUUCGAGCAGUUGACGGAACAUUUAAUCCGACAUGUUCGGGCAAAGCAAGCAGAUGGAAUACCCAUUACGGACGAAUCCAUACAGAAAGAGGCACGAUGUCUCUUAUACGGAGAUGAUGAUCCUUGGAAUCAAACUGCGGCGGAUAACCCCGAAUGGCUGAGCUUUUUCAAGGAUGGAAUGGGAAUUAACUCUUCGGCAACCGUGACGAAUGCCAUCUCAUCAAGCAUAUGCUCAGCCCCUGUCUUCCCACUCCCGUGGACAAUAAAGUCGACGGAGAAUAUGGAGACACCGGGAGAAAGUGAUUCCCUUGAGAUUGAGACAGCAGCACUGAUUGACCAGUGGAUGCCCUGGGCCUGGCAGAGCCCUGAGUGUCUUGCGGAGUUCCGUCGGUUUACUAACGGGGUUGGUUCAUGUUCUGGGAUAAAUCAAGCAUUAGCUCCCGAUCCUAACGAUCAAUCUUGA